AUGGGAUCAGAUACGCCAUACGAUGUGGCUCGUCGCGUGCCCGUCGCCUUCGCUCCGCCCGUCGCCUUCACUUCCCCCCCGUCGCCUUCACUCCCCCCCCUCCCCCCCCUCUUCUGUUGCCUUCAUUUCCCCCUCCCCGUCGCCUUCACUUCCCCCUCUCGUCGCCUUCACUUCCCCUCCUGUCGCCUUCAUUUCCCCCUCCCGUCGCCUUCACUUCCCCCUCCCGUCGCCUUCAUUUCCCCCUCCCGUCGCCCUCACUUCCCCUCCCGUCGCCUUCAUUUCCCCCUCCCGUCGCCUUCACUUUCCCCUUCCGUCGCCUUCAUUUCCCCCUCCCAUCGCCCUCACUUCCCCUCCCGUCGCCUUCCCUUCCCUCUCCCGUCGCCUUCACUUCUCUCCCCCGAUGCCUUCGAUUCCCCCUCCCGUCGCCUUCCACGCCUGUCGCACUCGCUUUCCCGCCCGUCACACUCGCUUCCCCACCCGCCACCUUCCCUUCCCCUCCCAUUGCCUUUCACUCUCUCCUGUUCACUCUCUUUCCCUCUGCUCACUCUCUUUCCCCCUGAUCACUCGCUUCCCCCCUCCUCAAUCUCUUUCCCUCUGCUCACUCCCCUUGUUCUAACCCCACUCUCCCCAUUUCUCACCCAUUUUCCCCCUUUACGCUCUCUUACCCCCUCUGCUCGCCCCUGUUUUCCUGGCUCACUCCUAUACUCACUCUCUCCCCCCCUGCUCACUCUCUUCCCCCCUGCUCACUCUCUUUCCCCCUUCUCACUCUCUUUCCCCCUUCACGCUCUCUUUCCCUCCCUUCCGCCCGUCGCCCCCCUUCGUCUCAUCGACCUCCCUGCUGCUCGUCGCCUUCGCUCCCGCUCGUCCCCUCGCAAUCCCCGUCUCUCUCUCCCCCCUUCGCCCUCCCUUCCACUCCUCGUUGCCCUCGCCAUCCCUCCCUUCUCCCUUCCCAUCUCGCACACUUGUCACGCCCCCUUUCCAACCCGCACAUACACCCUUCCCUUCUUCCCUGUUUCCCCGCAUCCCUUGUGCUGCUUUCCCCCAUCCUCCGACUUGCUCCCCCCAUCCCCUUCCCUGCUUCCCCCCGUCCCCUCCCCUGCCUCCCCCCAUCCCCUUCCCUGCUUCCCCCCAUCUCCUUCCCUGCUUCCCCCCAUCCCCUUCCCCCCUUCGGCCCGUGCCCUCCCCUGCCUCCCCCCAUCCCCUUCCCUGCUUCCCCCCAACCCCUUCCCUGCUUCCCCCCUUCCCCUUCCCUGCUUCCCCCCCGUCCCCUUCCCUCCUUCCCCGCGUCCCCUCCCCUGCCUCCCCCCAUCCCCUUCCCUGCUUCCCCCACCCCCUUCCCUGCUCCCCCCAAUCCCCUUCCCUGCUUCCCCCCGUCCCCUUCCCUCCUUCCCCCGUCCCCCUCCCAGCAUCCCCCCAUCCCCUUCCCUGCUCCCCCCCAUCCCCUUCCCUGCUUCCCCCCAUCCCCUUUCCUGA